CAAAGAUGGAUUCCACGCACGAAACUUUCAUGUGUUUGAAUUGUUGAGUAGGCAUUUGUGUCUAUAUUACGAGUCAGUGAAAAUGUCACGCAUGUCGAAUGGUUUAGAUAGAGAAUUGUAUGAUCUCAAAAUGAAGGCUGAAGAGUAUUACAGGAAUAAUGGAGUCCCAGAGAAAAUGGAAGAUGUCCUUAACUCCAUGUUUAUGGAUCAACCACCUGAUGUCUAUGGCCAUGUGGCAAACUUCUUCAUUGACUUUGCAAAAAGUCCAGUCAUAACAAAGAUGAAAUGCAGAAUGGCCUAUGACAGCAGUUGUUACUCAACAAUGCAAACAGAGGUGUACUGUAUGGUGAGGAACUACGACACGUUAAUAUCCACCUGUCUUAGUUCAUGCUACGCAUUUGGAAUCCCGGACAUUGGCAAGCAGGAAGAUAAAGAUACUGAAGAAGCGAAUCGACUUGAGUCGGUGAAGGUGGCGAUGAACCUAAUCAACACGGAUAUCUCUAACAAGCUCAAAGAUCUCAAUCCUAAACUGCAGGAUGAAGUCGAUUCUAUUGCAUAUGAUUUACUCGUGAAGCUGAAAGAAGCUGAAGAGGCUGCUGCACUCCUGGAUAAAGCAGAAAGUUGUGAUGAUGAACAGAAAUCUGAAAAACCGCCUGAUGCGUCUAGUCCCGGCAAAAAGAAUAGAGCACAGACACCCAAAGGUAAAGGUAAAGGGAACCAGGUUGUUGCUGUACCCAAUGAACUACCAGAGAUGAUGUUUCCGGGUAGCUCCGCCGUGUCAGCAGUAUCACGGACAGUGUGCACAGCGGCAGCAUGCCUGAAGCAUGUACCACUUUAUGAACACGUUGCGUCUCUCGCAGGCAUGCAGGAUUCCACCCAGUACACUCUACCUCUGCCGAUGGUGACCAUCCUACAGAACGGCCGGUCAGCGCCAGGAAAACUGAACUGUGUCAGUGAAUUCAUGGUGAUUCCCAAACCAGGAAUGAGUGCACACGAGGGUAUUGAGAAAAUUGUCCAAAUCUUCAGACACAUCAGCAAAACUUUGGUUGGAAAAGGAGGAUCCAAAAGAAACAGUAGUAAAGAUAAAAAAAAGAAACAAGUUGAUACUAUGUCGGCCAGAAAUGUUACCGAUAUUGGAGCUCUUUGUCCAGCAUUAGACAAACCCGAACAAGGCCUUGACCUAAUUCAGGAUGCCAUGACCGCUCUAGAAAUCCAGCCUGGAGAAGACUUCAACAUAGGACUCAGGGUGGCGGCACAUGACAUGUUUGAUAUGGAAAAGGGUAAAUAUGAAAUAAUCACAGGUCAACUUAAAUCACCUGAAGACUUGGUGGAGUUUUGGGUGGAGCUGUUAGGAAGAUAUCCUGCUGUCAAUGUGAUCAUUGAUCCAAUUAGGAAAGAGGAUCGGGUAAGCUGGUUGAAACUGUGCGACAGAGUCACAAGCCAUUGUUAUGUAAUUGGCGACUGCGGCUAUCACCGCCCGGGGCGUCUGAUCACUGAGGAUAUGGAAGAAGUGUAUGGACAGUACCAGACAAGUGGAAUUGUUCUACGCCUUGAGCAGAUGAACACUGUUACACACAUCAUUGAAUGUAGCAAGAAAAUGAAAGAAGCUAACAAUGAUAUUGUGAUAGCAACUUGCCAAGGAGAAAGCACAGACACCUUCAUUGCAGAUUUUGCUGUUGGUUUGGGUGCGAAAUUUCUGAAACUAGGAGCACCUUGUCGAGGUGAGAGAAUCUCCGUACUCAACAGACUUUUACAAACUGAAGAUUUACUGGAGGAGAAAGGGAUGCUGGGGAGUCAGAACGAACAUGUUUACAAUCACAUUGAGCUCCCUCCAACACCCGAACCCGCCGAGACGGAAGAGAACACCCCGACACCCACGAAGAAAGAUGCAAAGAAAAAGUAACACUGCCACAGUCAACAUUCGUUACAGUGAAAUUUCACAUGACAUAGUAUUUGCCAGUCUGGGCCCAGAUUUGUGAAGCUAUUUUAGCGGUAUGAUAUCAUAAAACCAUCAUAAGUCUGUGGAUAUGUUGUAAUGAUGUCAUAACUUACGAUGAUUUUAUGAUAUUGUAGCGCUGAGAUAUUUUGUAGCCUGGUGUAUUUCAGAUUGCCCACAUAUGACAUACUUCGGAUCUGCACACGACAUGUUUAAUUGGGUAUCAAGUCCACCCAUACGACAAAUGCAAUGCAUGGAUCUACACUCUAAGAACUUGUUUAAAAUUUGUUCCGACAUAGUAAUACAGUGAACAACAAAAGAAACGUGAAUUUUAAUUUAGUUUUACUUUAAAACUCAUUCGCUUUGAAUCCCAUUAGUUUUUGUGUGGGUUGUAGUUAUUAAUCUCUUGACUGUUUUUACCAAAUUAAUUUUAUCAUGAAACCCCCCCCCCCAAAAAAAAAACCCCACCUUUCUUUUGUAGUGCAGUAUACUUUCAGCUUUUGUAAUGAUUAUUUACUUUAUUUAUUUAUUUAAAAAGUAGAACAUGGGAAUAUGUCUUUGAUUUGAGGGCAUCUUGUUAUUUUGUUUUCUAAAAGAUCUCUUUCUUUCGUGUUGUUUUUGGAGGGGUGGGUGGUCCAUCACAUGCAAAAUAUAAUUGUAUUCGAAAGUAUUAUGAUGUCAUCAAAGAGAAAGUCAGUUCUGGACAAAUAUGGAACCUAGAAUAUGUUUCUCAACUUUAGUUGAAUAAGUUUCCAUUCUACAAAGGAAAAUUGUGUACAAUGGGCAACAAGCUGAAUUGUGAUAUUGUAAGUUUUAUUUUUAAAUGUAAAAAUACAAAAAUACAGUACAGUGAUUGUGAAUUGUACUUAAUUAAAGUGAUACAAAAAUACAGUACAGUGAUUGUGAAUUGUACUUAAUUGAAGUGAU